AUGCCUCGCAACAUCAAUCAAGUCAGCGAAGCCUCCAACCCAGAGGAAGUUGUACAAUACGCUCUCCAGAAGCAGGAUCGCAGUGCUGCUACCCAAUCCAGGGUUGUCGAUGCACAAUUGAGCACUGAGUCAGUUCCAAUCGAUGAUCCGUUAUUGCCAACGGGCUUGCUUCCCCUUGCAGACCUCAGAGGCUUUCCAAAUCAGAACCAGGAGAACAUUGCCGGUACCGUAAUCUCCCGUCACCCUUCCUCACCCCUAUCUGGCCCAUAUCUAGCCCCAUUUUGAUAUUAAGCGCACCAAGAACUUCUGAUUAUAACCUCGUCGUUGCAGGCUCAAACUCCAGAACAACAUUUACUGCAACACCAGAUCAUCGAAAAGGCCCAAACUUUCCCGGGGCAGAUUCCCCUUACCCGCUGCCCGCCGGUAAUGCCUUUGAGCGGGUGGUGUUGGGCAACUUUCAAGCUGACAUGUCUAGCCGAUGUCUCAACCCCAAUUCGUCCAGGAAGAGAUGCUUUCAUCGCAAACCAGGUCAACAACGGAGGUUCGUCUGGCCAGGUAAAAGGCUCUGGUCUUGGCGUUGCUCCAGAAAAGGGCAAGGCUCCAGCUGUCAGUUCAAAAAGCUCUCUGGUGAUACCAAAUGCUGACAGUUAGCAAGAGCGUCCCUAUCAAAAGCGACACCAAGGCAAACUAUUCCAUUUGGAAGCACGUUCAAGGCGGUUUGUUUCAGUCCUCUUUUGGCUCCUUGAUGGCAACUCUGAAUGCUGAUAGCUCGGCAGAACCUCCUGUGCUCUACAUCAGACUGCAGAACGACUGCAAUAACAUCCCAAAUUUCUUUGGGGUAGACGGCACAAGAGAAAAUAAUUCCGUCCAGCCAGCACAGGCAGAACCUGGUCUUCUCACCCCCUUCACUGAUAGUAGGUUUGCAUUCACUGUUUGUUUGAUCCACGCAGUUGACUUUUGUUUUUUAGACGAGAAGUACGAAAUCGACCCCUCCUACCAAAUGUUUGCAACAACCACAAUCCCCCAAGAUGAAGUGAUUCUUCACGAGCGAUGCCUUGUCAUACUCGAGGAGUCGAACAUCUUCGGACAGAGAGAUAUGCGCUUGGCUGAUGUUCAAUACACAUUCCAAAAUGCUCCACCGGAAGCCAAGAGGUAUCUUGAGGCGCUUCAUCCACCAACAGGUGGAUUCCGCGUGAUGACAGAAACAAAUCACUUCACUCGACACCCAAAUGGCCAUAUGAUUCGCCGAUAUUAUCACAAGAUCAGUAACGUGAGACACUGUUGCCAUCCUAACGCGCAAAUGACUCUCCUUGAUGAUCAAAGCGUGAUUCUGCGAGCAAUUCGAAAAAUAAAAAAAGGCGAUGAAGUUACCGUAGCAUAUCUUGAGAUGGACAAUGAAAAAACGGAGCCAAAGAUGCGAGAAAUAUAUAACAUUCAUUGUUCACGACGUUGCGUAAGGUGUACGACUCCAGCCACGACCAUAGGCCAACUUCAAGGUCAAGCCGAUAACACCCAUCGAAUCAGUGAGCCAGCACCGGUCUCACAACCAGUCGAUCCCAUUCCGUUGCAAGAAUAUCGUCUUUCAAACGCGGACACUAUGAAAGGUAGCGAUCAAAGCCAGGACAACGAUUCUCAGAAAAAUAUGGCUGUACCAGGUUCUUUUCCUAAUAACAGCAACCCUCCUGCAAACCACGGCAUCCCAACCCCACCUCAAUCUGUCCCACCUAAUGACCAUCGUGGUGACAGCUGCCGCUCCUGUGGUCUUUCCGGGUCAAUGAAAGAGUGGCUCUCUACACUUCGCGAAAAGGUGUCAAGAGUUCGCGGAAAAGUCUCAGAAUUUUGUCAAAGGAUGAGUAUAAAAAGACAUGUGGUGCCUCGAGAUUCUGGCGCUGGUGGUAAUCAGAUUCCGGACGCAGCGGUUCUUACUGAUGCUAUCCCCAAUCUCCGUUCGGCUCCUCCAGAUAACUUGACCCCGACGAGAUAG